AUGGCCAGACUUAUACGGCUUGCGGAUGAGUUGGGGCGUCGUCAGAUGAGACGUGAGAGGGUUUUCAGGGAUAGAACGAAUCCACUCGAACGGUACGAUGAUAGCGAGAUCUAUGACCGAUUUCGAUUUCGGAGGGAAGACACCUUCGAACUGACGGACAUGCUAGGGGAUGAAAUUAAAAGUCCAACUAACAGAAACCAUUCGAUUCGGCCAGUUUUGUGCAUUCUUACGGCACUGAGAUUCUAUGCAACUGGCAAUUACCACCUUGUCACAGGAGAUUUGUUCGGGAUACAUCGAACCACUGCAUCAAGAAUGAUCAGACGGGUUUCGGACUCUCUGGCACGCAGAUUGGACGACACAAGUCAAAAUGAAUUUGAAUAUGUGAAUCGGAAAGGGGUACAUUCUAUCAAUGCUCAGGCAAUAUGUGACUCGGGAAACAUAUUUCUGAAUGGUGUGAUUCGAUGGCCUGGCGGUACCCACGAUUCCCGCAUCUUAACCAACAGUGAAAUAUCCCGCGACUUCGAAACUGGACGGAUAAGUGGCUUCCUAAUCGGAGACAGUGGGUACCCUCUUCGACAAUGGCUGAUGACGCCACUGUAUGUGGCAGCAAAUCGGAAGGAGAGGAGAUACAAUACGUCACACAAGCGAACCCGUAGUGUUAUCGAGCGCACAUUCGGCAUAUGGAAACGUCGAUUCCAUUGUCUUCAUAACAAACUACGAAUGACACCAGAGAGAUGCUGCGUAGUGAUCGCUGCAACUAUGGUAUUGCACAACAUUGCCAUGAGGAAGGGACUGCCAGAUUUUGAUGAUGAAAUCCCAGAUGAAAUGGAAGAUAUACAUGGUGAAUACGACGGACAGGAAAACGGACAAGAAAUAAGGCGACAGCUCAUUGACAACGUUUUUGCCUGAAGCACCUUGCUGUAAGGUACGGACCUGCGGGCG